CCAGUGUAGCGGCUUGUUAGUUAUGUUACUUGCAGCUCUUAGAACAGGUUCAUCAGUUAAUAAAAAAUGACUAAAUUACAAUGACAGGACUCCUCGUAUGGUCAAGACACUUUCAUCUGUGCAUGAUCUUUUCUAUCAGCUGAAGGAACCUGUUGGAUCAAAUUUCUUCUGAUCAUCUGGACAGUAAGGAGACAGGCAUUGUGGGGAAGGGGCAAGUUGGGCAUUUGCUUUAGACCAAAGUAAAUUCCAACAAAGAGGGAACAAACACCAAGGCUGAAACUUCAGUCAAGCCUAGUUCUUUGUAUCAUGUGUGGCUUUUUCCUUCUUGUUCUGUUAUUGAUAGCUCUUACAGUUUUUCUGUUGAGCUGGGGUAAAAGUCAUUACUUUGUGGUGAAAGGAAUGAGUAGAGUAUGGAUUAUGACCUGUUGGACCCUUAAGCUUCCACACUCUGCUUAUAUGAAUACAUUAAUAGACAAGAGAUCUGAAGUCAAGAUUAUCUGCAAGCCCACAGCUCUGGCAAACUACAUAAAACAGCACUGUGAAGCUCUAGCCCACCCUCCACAGGCUAGAUGGCCAAGGACAGACCCUCACUUGCAGAUUCUCUCCAAUUUGAUAUGGCCCACAGGAGAUGAUGGUGGAGUCAUCUUCACAAGAGAUAAUCUACUCUUAGAAGAUGGGGGUAUUGUAGCUCUGGACUGGGCUGUUGGGCUGAAAGACCUGAAAGCUCAAACCAAGAAGGAACAUCCUCCAGGAGGAAGAGCUCUAGGCUGCCAUUCCAUUAAUUCACCCAUCGUCAUUUUGAUCCCUAACGCUUUAGGGAAGAUCACACGUCAUUUGCUCAGCUUGUGCCGCCUGGCUUUACAACAGGGAUUCUACCCAGUGAUCUUUCAUCGCCGUGGUCAUGGGGGCUGCCCGCUUACUACUCCACGUUACCAGCAGUUUGGGGAUCCCACUGACCUGGUGCAGGCGGUAGCAUAUUUGCAGUAUCGCCAUCCCUCCUCAGCUCUGCUUGCCAUCAGUGAAGGCUCUGGAUCUGGUCUGCUGCUGUCUUACCUUGGGGAGUGUGGCUCGUCUUCUUACCUGGUAGCAGCGUCCUGCAUCUCACCGGUGUUCCAUGGGCAAGUGUGGUUUGAGACCCCUCUCCCAUGGCUGUAUCAUGAAGCAGCCCUUCUGUACCGCAAGCUGCAACUUAGUAGAUAUGCAACCGCUCUAAACUCAAUUAUGGAGGUUGAGAAAAUCCUCCGCUGCCGUUCCCUUAAAGACAUGGAGGAGCUCAUGUUUUGCAAAGCCAAUAUGCAUGAUAACGAUAAGACGGACACAACUGACCAUGAUCCUUUACAACCGAGGUCAAGAUCAUGUGUAAAACCUGACUGGGCAGGCUACUGGGAUCAUAAUGAACCGUUGAGAGAUGCAGAUGAAGUGGCUGUUCCUGUUCUCUGUGUGUGCAGUAGUGAUGACCCUCUUGUACCUGCUUCCUCGACCCUGCCGAUGUCCCUGUUCCAGAACAGUCCUUACUUCCUUCUGGCCCUGACAAGUUCGGGAAGCCACUGUGGAUUCAUUCAGGAGAAACCCGGAGGUACUGGUUGCUGGAGUCACGAGGCAGUGCUGGAAUAUUUCCAGGUGGUGGGAGAUUUCUUUAAAGCGGAGGAGAAGAAAUGUUUUAUGGAAGGAUCUGUUGGCCACUAUGCUGUUCAAGGGCUUAAGGCAAGGACAGGCACAGCUGUGCCCAGGAAGAGGCGAGCAGUUGUGAUCAGGAGAGAAAGAUCUGUCUUGGGUCCACAGAGACAACUCUCAGCUCAUUCAGGACUGGUUCCUUUUGAAGAAGAGCAGAACACGUUCACUUGGAACAGAUCAUACACUCGCUGAGUGUACAUGUACUGUAGAGGACAGUGGUGGAAGGUCAAACGCCUUUUAAACAGGUGUAAAAAUGCUAGGGGAGUCACUCGAUAUUUCAUCGAAAUCGAUCGAAAUUGUCAUGGUCUCGAGCCUCGAAGUCAAAAAGAGCUAUGCAAGCACUGAAAGAGCAGCCCUUUCUCCAGAGAACGUGGACAUUCUCAUCUCCUUAAAGAAAAACUUAAAAAAAUAAUUAAAUAAAUAAAAAUAACAGUUGUUUUGUCUAGCCUCAAAUAUGUUAAUAGUUUUGGCACCUUAAGGAGCAUCUUUCUCUCAGAUAAAGUUAAUAAUAUAUCUUUGUUAAAGAAAAAAUAACUUGUCAACUUGUCAUUGACCAAGUCUUAUUUUUCAUGUUUAACUGUUAUAGUAGGAUAGAGUUCAGUUUGUUAAAGCUCUAAUUGUUCUAUUAUUUUGUACAUGACUUUUUCUGUAUUUUUUUUGUGUUGUUGCACAUUGCUGUUUUAACAGUGCACACUGCUGCUACCAAAAAAAGCCACUAGAUGGCAUUACAUAUAUAUCUUAACUACAUUAUUUAAAUUUGACCAUUAGUGCCUAAUGUGGUGGAUUACAGAUCACUUGCAUCACUUUGCAUCACUUAUAUCAAGCCCACCUUUUGAAAUAAGAUAUUGUAAAUUUGAAGAAUCAAACCAAUGACCGAUCAUAGACUAAUCUAAAACUGGCAUAGGCCUCUCUGCUGUAAAAAAAAGAAAAUCGAGAAUCGAAUCGAAUCGUGACCCUAAAAGCGGAAAUAAAAUCUAAUCGAAGAAUCGUGACACCCCUAAAAAAUGCCCUUACAUUCUUUGCAUGGGCAAUGCCAUACCCAUAUAGCUAGCAUUGUAAGCCUGUUGGGAGCAUCGGCUAAAAGUGCUGUAUUUCAGAAUGCUGGGGGUGAACGGAAGUGAGCUUUUCUAGAAAAAUGUACUCAAAAUUAUGUUUUACUACAACAAAAGUCCAUUUCACACCAGAUUUCUCCUUUGUGCAAGCAAAUCCCAUAAAAUGUACUUUUCCACCUACAAAGAACCAUAUCAGGACCAGCAUGUACUAAAAUUACUUUAUUACAGUUGAUUCUUUAUCCAGUAGCCCUCUGCCAACAAAAGGAGUAAUUACAAACAAAACAUUACAUGUCCCCUAAAGUUUUCAGAACUUUUUUGUUUACAUUUUAAUUAUUUUUUUCUUGUUAUGAAUAGCCAUACAUUUGUUGUAAUCUCUGACAUUCAGCUUUUCACAAUCUAUACAUUUUAAUACAGGUUAUAUAUGGAUUGUUAUGGUAAUGUCGAAGCAGGAAAAAAGGAAACAGUGACCAUUAAAAUAAAAUAUUUGAAGCAAUACUGGUAAACACACGCUGUACAGAGACACACCCCUUGCUUUGUUAUUGCCCAAUCCCCUUGUUCUCACGCUUUUGAAAAGGGUCAUUCAAACAUGGGUAUGAUAAGGGCUGCGAUGUGACACUGCAUGGAUUACAUACACACACUUCCACAAGGGGGCACACCUCCUCUCUCCUUCUAAACACAUACGGCACAGUCCAGCUCCAGCACCUCGGGCAGGAUGGACCUUAUUAGGAGAGUGACUGACCUUAGCUGAAGGACAGGGGGGG